UCUUCCACCAUAUAAACAGUGGAAAACCAUUCAAUUGCUCUCACUCUUUCUCUCAUUCUUGGUUUCUUUUCCUUUAAUCCCUAACCCAGGAAAGAAAGAGAAAAAUGAAUCUAAAACUCAGUGUGAAAGUUCUAACAGGUAACAAAACCAUCAAGCUCUCGAGAAAAUUUGAAGAAGCAAACAACUUCGAAUCUCCACCAAACUCGCACACUAACUUCUCUCUCGCUAGAAACCAUCUUCACAACAAAUCGUACUCAGUCUUGGAGAGGGGUGAAAAUGAAAAUAGUCUGAAAAGGAGGGGCAAUAAUGGAAUGAAGACAAAAUUAUGCUCAAGAGGACACUGGAGACCAACAGAAGAUGCUAAACUCAAGGAGCUUGUUGCUCAGUUUGGUCCACAAAACUGGAACUUGAUUGCUCACCACCUUCUUGGUAGAUCAGGCAAGAGCUGUAGACUGAGAUGGUGUAACCAAUUAGAUCCAAGGAUUAACAAGAACGCCUUCACCGAGGAAGAAGAGUCCAGGCUUUUAACUGCUCAUCGAGCCUAUGGCAACAAGUGGUCUCUAAUCUCACGUCUCUUCCCGGGUCGGACCGAUAACGCCGUCAAGAACCAUUGGCAUGUUGUCAUGGCUCGACGGACUAGAGCAAGUCAACGACAACAGUCUCUUCAUGCACCGUCAGGAAACGCAGAAAUGAAAGCCUCGUCCUCGUGCCGCUAUAAUAAUGGUGGGUUCUUCGGUAGGGUCGGCGAGGGUACUUUGGUCAACGAAGCAGAUGAUGACGAUGGUUCAGCUGUCUCUACUUGUACGACGGAGCUCUCUCUCACUCCACCUUCUUCAACUCACCAGCCGCGCUUCUUGCAUGACGAUUAUACCCUUGCAUCAGGUAAAGAUGGUCAGUGUGCGCAGAGAGCAGAAGUAAAUGGCAUAUGUAGUAAAAAGAUGGACCAUCAAAAUCGCUACACAACCACAAUCAGUGAAAGGGAGGUGGAGAUGAAGAUGAAGAGUGGCUUUUACUUCUUUGAUUUUCUUGGAGUUGGAGUUUCUUAAUUAAUUAUAUGAAGAAUUAGGGUUCGUGAUAAGGGAACUAAUUGUGCAAUAAAGAAAAUGGUUUAGUUU